AUGCCUCCUUGGUCAAGCCGAUUGCUUUCACCGAGCUCACGCAAUGAGCCAGGCCCGAACCUCGUUGAUGUAAAUGCUGCAUCUCCAGCACGAUCAAGGUCGAGAGUCACCGAGACAGAUAUAUUGGAGAAUGCAUACGGAAUCCCGAGUCUGCCUCCUCCACCGCACAGCAACCAUGGUGCCUCGAGAUCCUCGAAACCUACGCGAACAGCGAGUCAUGGGCGCUCAAUGAGCCAUCCUUUCCCUUCACUAUUUUCGGCCAAGAAGAAGAAACAUGGCGAGAUACCUGCGGCUGGGUUCGAGUCUACAGAUGAUGAUGCAACCUCCCCUCAGGCUCGACGAAAUGUCGCACAGCACCCAGCUGGAAAGCAAAAAGUUCCGGACAAGGACCUGAUGACUGGAAAAUGCAUGACCUGUGAUUCUAUGGUCCGUUGGCCAAAAGAAUUGAAGGUUUUCAGGUGUACGGUCUGCUUGACGAUCAACGACCUCAAGCCCGUUAUGUUGGAGGCGAGAUGUGGAGAUGGUCACAGAGCGCCUGUUGCAGCGAAAGUCGGGAUACAUUCUGGCCAGCAUAUUCCUCCUAACGUUUCUCCACUGUCUCUAGAGAAGACCAGGCAAAUCAUUGAUCAAUGUAUUACUACGUAUCUUCGUGAACGCUUGAGAGAUGAUGAAGAAUCAACCUCAAGUCCUGUUCCUUCUCCGCCUCGGUCACCAGAUCGAGAAAAUCGCCAGGACAGCAGGGGCCUUAACAUCCCAAUUACUCAAGAACCUCGUGCUCAGCAAUUUCCAGGACAAACCCCUCCAAUACAUCCGCCUAGUAGACCUGUUCGUCAAAUGGAAGAAUACGCUGAUUUCAGAGAAACUGUCCAGCCCGCCUUCAGCCAGAGUAUCCCUGGUCCCUACUCAAGAUCAUCGCCUGGGGGUGUUUUCGAGGCCCACAUGGAACAACGAGAUCGAGGCCUUGGUCGAAACCGUUCCACUGAUGGAGUCGCGAAUCGAUUCGAAGAUGGGAACUCCGCAGAGAGGACAAAGGAUGAACAUGUGCCACGGAAACAUGCAAAUGCCUCCAAACAUCUGUUUAAGCCAUUGGAAGAUUAUGUAAUCGCAUCAUUCGGGUCUUUCGAGUGUGUGAACAGUUCGUUCAGUACUGUACGGCCACAUAUGGCACCAAGAGCAGCAAGUGAGGGAACCAAACAACGUAUAGCUCCUCCACAGAGUGAAAGAUACCCUCGAAACGAAACCCAACUGUCAGAAAUGGAUGCCAAGACCCUCCUUCUUGGAGAUUUCGCCGAGAACGGUUCCUGGUGGACGGGAGAACGGUCGGAAAUACGAAGCCCCGAACGUGCUCGAACACAGCGUGCCGCAAAUAGCCAUGAAUUGGUCACCCUGAAGUCUCCUCGAAUUGACUGGUCUGAAUUGACUGAGUGGUAUAACAUUGCCCUUGACGGAGGAAGAUAUUGGCAAAAACGAUUAGAGGAUCUCACGCAGUCUGAGUUUCAAAGACCAUCCGGCGAAGAACUGGAAGAAAUCGAAGACCAAGUUUUGGAAGCGCAGUCCCACGCUCAGCGCGUCUUGUUGAAAGCAACGGAGAGCCUUCUUAAGCGCCCUGGGCGUCUUUUGAAUGAACCGAAUGAUCUUCGAUUUUUGCUUAUCAUUCUUGCGAAUCCUCUGCUCUACCCUGUGCAGCCGACAUCAUGGACAAAGGAGCGAAGUAGAUCCAGAUCCAGAUCCAGGUCGCGAGAUCGGAUUACUCCGUUCAUUCUCAAUAAGCCCGAAGCUGCUAAAUGGGGUAUGCAGCCCUCCACAAGAGGAACAACGAAUGCAGGGAAAGGCAGCUCAGGCCAACACUCGGGAAUAAUCAAGAGAAUUUUGGGUCUUUUAUCAAAUGUCUCCAACGAAUGCCAUCAUCAUCUAGUCUCCUGGUUUACGAGAUACUCGGACGUGCAAUUCCAGAGAGCUAUAGAUUUGAUUGGAAGUUUUGUUACUUACAGGCUCACAAGACAACACGGCAAAAAGCGGGAGAUAGAUCAGGACCCCACAGCUGGAUUAAUACCAAGUAUGAGCGGACCUGGUCGGAACAGCUCAGCGGCUUUGCAUGCUGCCCUCGGUGUUUCCAGUCAACCGUCUAAGAGGAGCGAGGGAAAGCCGAAGUCUGUCAUCUACAACGACGAUUGGCAAAUCAAAGCUGCAGCCAGAGUCAUGGCCCUAUUUUUCUCUGCAAAUAAUAGCGGGUUUACAAGACGGGGAGAGAUACGUCCGCUAGCUUUACUGGAAGGUGGACAUAGUGCAGGUUUGAUUGCUCGUGAUAGAGCACACAACCAUGGACAGAUUGUGCCAACAAGCGAUUUCUACAACAUGCUACUCGAUUACACUGACCUCAUUGCCGAUUUUGAAGCGUGGGAGUCAAAGAGAGGUAAAUUCUCCUUUUGUCAGUAUCCAUUCUUCCUCAGCAUAUGGGCCAAGAUUCAGAUCAUGGAGCACGACGCUCGCCGACAGAUGGAAGUCAAAGCAAGAGAGGCGUUCUUCGAUAGCAUCAUGACUCGGAAAACCGUGAAUCAAUAUUUGGUCUUGAAAAUACGUCGAGAGUGUCUUGUGGAGGACAGCCUUAAAGGGGUCAGCGAAGUCGUGGGUACUGGAGGAGAAGAGAUCAAGAAAGGCUUGCGGAUUGAGUUCAAGGGAGAAGAAGGAAUAGACGCUGGCGGCCUGAGGAAAGAAUGGUUUCUCCUACUUGUCAGAGAUGUCUUCAACCCAGAACAUGGCAUGUUUACUUAUGAUGACGACUCGCAUUUUUGCUACUUCAACCCCAAUAGUUUCGAAACAACUGAUCAAUUCUUCCUGGUUGGUGUUGUUCUUGGUCUAGCCAUAUACAACUCAACAAUUCUUGACGUUGCUCUUCCGCCUUUUGCAUUUCGAAAGCUACUUGCUGCUGGUCCUCCGGCGGCGCCUGGGGCAGCAUCCCACGCCAAACCGUCUAUGACCUACUCGUUGGAAGACCUCGCCGAGUAUCGGCCAGUACUAGCUAAUGGACUACGACAACUUCUCGAUUAUGAUGGUGACGUAGAAUCCACCUUUUGUCGGGACUUUGUGGCAGACAUCGAGCGAUAUGGCCAAACGACCCAAAUCCCACUCUGUGUAGAAGGGGAGAAGCGACCAGUGACAAACGCUAAUAGGCGCGAGUUCGUUGAUUUGUACGUUCGUUAUUUAUUGGAUACAGCAGUAACACGUCAAUUCGAGCCCUUCAAACGAGGCUUUUUCACGGUCUGCGGAGGAAAUGCUCUCUCCCUGUUCAGACCAGAGGAGAUUGAACUCCUCAUCAGAGGCUCAGACGAACCACUUGACAUUGCCUCUCUGCGCGCAGUCUCCACUUACGAAAAUUGGAAGGUCCCCAAUCCCGAGACCGAGCCUGUGGUACAGUGGUUUUGGGAGUCCUUUCAGACUGCAAACCCCAAAGACCAGAGGAAGUUGCUCAGCUUCAUUACUGGCAGUGAUCGUAUCCCAGCUAUGGGUGCUACGAAUCUGGUUAUCAAAAUUUCUUGUUUAGGCGAGGAUAGCUUGAGAUUCCCAUCAGCAAGGACAUGCUUUAACGUGUUGGCAUUGUGGAGGUAUAGUUCGAGGGCGAGGCUUGAAGAUAGGCUUUGGAGAGCUGUGAAUGAGAGUGAAGGGUUUGGAUUGAAAUGA